CGAACCAACCGACUUUGACGCAUUUCACCGAACCAACUACAGCUCACGCAGAAACCAGAAUAUCGCGUGACGUUACGGCAGCGUGACGUUACGGCAGCGAAGCCAUGACGUCCAACCCACUCAGCCCGGCCGCCGCCCUGGAGCGCAUGGCCGAGGCGCUCCCGACCCACGGGAAGGAUGACACGACGUCGGAUCUGAGCAGCUCGCUCGACGCCAUCUCGCUAUUCACACACGCCUGCAUGAUUAGUCUCGGGUUCCGGCUGCUUGGCUUUGACGAGGAGCAAAAGAUUGAAUCCGAAUGCACGCGCCUCGCCCCGCGGCUGCCCGCCCAGUGGAACUGCAGCCUCAGCUCGCACAGUUUCGUGUACGCGCACACGCAGUCGUCGAUGCAGUUCGUCGUGCGCGUCGACCGCAUGGGCGCCAAGAUGGAAAUCCGCGGCCUGGCCGUCGGCGACGAGCGCAUCGCCCGCCUCGAGCUCUCCGCCCGCGACUACAUCUCGUCUGCGGCCCUCCCCGUGCGCAUCGCCAUGACAGCUGAGGGCGCCGAGGACCGCAGCGAUUUGUCUGAUAAGCUCAAGAGGGUGUUCAUUUCUGAAGACCGGAUCAAGGAUCUCGCAUCGCUCCUCAAGAUCAACAUCAUCCAGCGCCUGAUCCCAGGGCUCCAAAAAGAAGGCUACCAGGAGGAAGAGGACGCCGACGACCGAGCAGCGCGGCAGGACGCCGACGCCGACGCUCGCCUGCGGUCGGGCGCGCGCAACCCGCAAGGGCCGCCACAGAUGCCAGACCCGCUGCCGGAGCCGGCGCGGCCGUACCCGCUGAUCGACCCGCUCGCGGCGCCAGCGCGCCGCCCGUUCCCGGCGGGCGACUUCCCGCCGCCAGACUUUGAGGACGAGUACGAGGUGAACCAGCCGCCGCGCGGGCCGCUGCUGGUGCCGCACCCAGGAGCGCGCUCGCCGUUCGACUUUGGCCGCAGCGACCUCUACCCCGCGGGCCUCGGCCCGAACGACCCCAUCAACGGAGGCGGCGUGGGCGGCGGGUUCCUGGGCGGCCCCGCGAGACCUGGCGGCCGCCGCGGCGGCGGUAUGCACCCGACGUUUGACGACCCGCUGUUCCAGGGCCCGCGAGGGGGUGGCCAGGGAGGAGGAGGAGGGGGGGAAUUCGACCCGCAGAUCCCGCCUGGCGCGCGCUGGGAUCCGCUAGGCCCAGGCGGGGCACCGAGGUUUGGCGGCGGGCGGCCUGGAGCUGGAGGAGGAGCGUUUGGAGGUGGCGGAUGGGGCGGGGAUAUUAUUUAGAUGGUUUGUUUGUGACUUGUUGUACGAGACGAGCUUUACGGUUUGGCGUUUUGUGUUGGUCUGCUCGGUUUUGUUUUGUUUCAUUCGAGGGAUGUAUGAACGAGCUACGGGAAAAUGAACGGUAAAUUGUUGCUCGGAGGGCUUUGCUUUUGUGUUAUUUCGACUGCCGUGUAUUUGUACUCAUAUGAGCUUUUCUCAUUUCUAUCGAGGCUUAUGAAACCCCGCUUAUAUCUUUCUUGGGUUUUU